UUACAUACAGAUUUUUUAUUAUUGUGUUUUUAGUUUUUAGUCGGUCGCACGUGUAUUUUGUUUUUAAUAUAAUUUUUAUUAAAUAUGAACGAUUUUGAAAUGCAAGAAAGUGAUUCAGAAUAUUAUUCUGAAGAUGAAUCCGAGGCAGAGUUGCAGGAAGCUUUUGCUCGUGGAGACUUAAAACCUGGACUCAAUGUUGAAUUUCAAAAGGGAAAAGAUAAAAUAAAUGAUAUCCCCAAAAUUUUAUCAAAAACCGAUGAAAUUAAAAAUGAUUUACCUUGGUUGGAACGUAUGGACAUGAUUAACGAUUUGGCUCCAUUGGCACCUGAAUUAGCUAUUGCCUUAGAGAAGCACGAACAGAAAAGAGCCAAUAUGUUUAAGGGAAAUGCAAAAUUACAUUAUAUUCGUCCAGAGGAAGAUCCUGUUUUGAAUGAUUUCAAACGUGAAAUGUUAUUCCAUCGUCAAGCUCAGGCUGCUGUUAUUGAGGGUAUUAAACGUUUACAUGAAUUAGGCAUUAAGACAAAACGUCCCGACGAUUAUUUCGCUGAAAUGGCUAAAACUGAUGAACACAUGCAAAAGGUCCGUUCCAAUUUGAUGGCUAAACAAGAGGGUCAAGCUAAAUCUGAACGCAUACGCCAAAUUAGAGAACAACGUAAAAUGGGCAAAAUUUUGGCUAAGCAAACGAAAGUUCAGCGUGAAAUGGAAAAGAAGGAUAUGCUCGAUAAGUUGAAAAAGUUCCGUAAGGGUAAAUUGAAGAAUCUAGAUUUCUUAGAAGAUGCUAAAGCCUUGGAAGCUAAAACUAAAAAAUCCGCUGCCAAGAGAAAAGAACGCAAUAAGAAAUUUGGCUUUGGUGGCAAGAAGAGUGGUUCGAAACGCAAUACCAAAUCGUCAUCCGCUGGUCUUGAACGUACAAAAUUACCCAGAAGUAGAGUGGGAUCCAAGGCUGCACCGGGUAAUAAGCGCGUAGGAAAAGCGAGACGGUUAAAAAUGAAAUCUAAGAAAUAAAUUUUGUUUAUAGAUUUAGUAUAAAAUUAAA